UGUCCCGAUGAGGUGCGCGGGCCAAUAUGGAUUUGCGCCAGGUCAUUUGUUCGAUUAUUGUGGCAUGUCUGAGAAUUUCCCGAGGUCAGAUGUUGGGAUGCCAUCAGGGCCAGUGGCAGUGUGAUGAUGGAAAAUGUAUUCCUGUUGUCUGGAGAUGUGAUGGAGAUGGAGACUGUCUGGAUGGAUCUGAUGAAAUGGAUUGCAAUGCACUCCCAGGCUCUCCUGAAUGCCCGCCGGGUCAGUUUCCCUGUGUGGACUCUGUCGGCUGUUUUGACGCGUCUGCUCGCUGUGACGGGCGAAACCAGUGUCCCACAGGCUUUGAUGAGGAGAACUGUACAGCUACUAAGGGUUGUUUGGAGUCUGACUGGACCUGUAGAAACCACAUCUGCAUCCCCAAAGAGCUGCGCUGCAACGGACUGAAUGACUGCCUGGAUAACUCUGACGAAGAGGGCUGUGGUCAGUGUGGUAAAGGCGGCAUGCGCUGUCCUGAGGGUACGUGUCUGUCUGCUGAAGAGAGGUGUGAUGGGCAGUUUCACUGCUCAGAUGGCAGCGAUGAGCCCAUAACAUGCGGUCGUAUUUGCUCUGUGAAAAACGGUGGCUGUAGCCAUGUGUGUGUUGAUGAAGCUUGGGGAGCUCUGUGUGCCUGUCCUGUUGGAUAUAAGCUCUCCUCCAAUGGAGCAGUCUGCAAAGACUUGGAUGAAUGUGCUCCACCCUUUGCUCCCUGUAUGCAUCACUGCAUUAACACAGUCGGAUCCUACUAUUGCCACUGCAGAAAAGGCUUCAAACUGAAUGGAAGCUCUACAUGUCUGGCUGCAGGUAAUGCCACCAAAUUACUAAUGGUACAGAGGAACUCUAUCGGGCUGUUAAAUGUGAAGUCUCAGCAGUUUGAAGUGAUCCAGACUCCAGUGUCUGACCCAGUGGCCUUGACUUUUGACGUUGCUCAUGGCUGGUACUACUGGGCUGACAACCAGGGCAGCAUUUACAAAAGUGAUGGACAGCACAGCUGGACAAUCUUUUCUGGGGAUACUGGAAUAAAGGGUCUGGCUUGUGAUUGGCUAAAUGGAAACCUGUUCUGGACAAAUCAGAAGACGGAGUCAAUCUACAUGCAGGCAGCUGAUGGGAAAAGUUACACUACUCUGCUGAGCAAAAACAUCAACCCAUCGGAGUUGGUGCUUGUACCUAUGGAGAGCUUGAUGUUCUGGAUCAACGCCGGCCACGGUGAGAAGGUGACGAUAGAGAAGUCAUGGAUGGAUGGGUCAGAAAGAAGCACUCUGACUGCACUCACUGCUCAGUCCGCCCACAGCCUCACUGCUGACGUGGCUGCCAGGAGGCUGUACUGGAUCAGCAACUUCAAGAAGACUAUAGAGACUGUGAAGGUGGAUGGGACUGGCCGUUACUCCUACACAGGACUGUUCAACAAGAGACCGGCUCUCGGCCUGGCUGUGUUUGAAAGUUCGUUCUACUGGGUGGAUGACAAAGGACUGUGGCAGCUUCCACAAAACCAACCAAACCAGAAGAAAUUUAUCUGGAAAGCCGCGUUGCCAAUAUUAUCUGUUUACCAUGAGCUACAGCAGCCUCAAGGUUCUUCUGCGUGUGUAACAGCUUCAUGUCACCUCUGCCUGCUAACUAAAGGCAACCCUGUGGGAUUCACCUGUGCUUGUCCAAACUCCAAAGUACUGUUGCCUGAUGGGAUGUGUGAAUAUCCAAGGUUUAUAUAUGCUACCAUUACCAACAUCAACCUGUUGGAGUUUAGAGACAGAGAGUCCACCAAAGUCCAGCUGUUUAGCACUGACGAUGGAAUCCUGUCAUUUGAUCUAGACUGGUACAGAGACUGGCUAUACUGGGCUAACCAAACUGGCCAUAUCCAACGCACCAGUCUAACCCAGGCCUUGACUGAGGUGGUCCCAACACCUUUGCCAGCUUGUCUGAUAAAAGUAGACCAGAGUGGAGGGAACCUUUAUUGGGUGUCAUGUGACCAAAACCGCAUCGGCACCAUCACAGCCUCCAGUCAAUACCCACAGCAGCUGUACCAAACAACAAAUAAGAUUCAAGACCUGUAUCUGGACUGGCUGAGGGGUAGCAUCCUGUGGCUGGAGGGAGAACGCAUCCUCACCAUGGGCAUGAUGGGAGGCAAAAGCAAAGAGCUGCUGCACCUUGCAGCAGGAGUCGGGGGGAACAUCACCUUCGACCUCAGGGCUAAUAGCCUUCUCUGGAACUCAAAAGGGGCAGGUUUGUCAACAAUGAGUUUGCUGCAUGGGAGAAGCCACCAAGCUGGUCGAAGAUGGAACAUUUCGGGCUCAAUCAUCGCUGCCUUUGAGCCCUUCCUGUUGUCCCUUUCUGAUGAUGUCAUCACUCUGUGGGACAGGCGUGAUGGGAGCUCCAUUCAGGAUGUAGCUGUAAAAGAUCAUGUGUUCAGUGUGAUCGCAGCACUCGGUGACAUCCGUACAGUGCCCAGUACUCUAGUCUGCAAUGAACCGUCCCUGCUGUGCCGACACACAUCCAUCUGCCUCUCACAAGCCCAGCUGUGUGAUGGGAAAAAGGACUGCCCUGAUGGAGAUGAUGAGGAUUUUUGUGUUACCAUGUGUCCAUCUAAAGAGGAUUUCAAGUGCAAGGACCGUAGGAAUUGUGUGUCCAGGAAUCUCGUUUGUGAUGGCCGUUCUCAUUGUCGUGAUGGCUCAGAUGAGGCCGACUGUCCGACCGUAGCUUCUCCUGCAGCUCGCGCAAACGUCUUGAAGUGCCGCAUGGGCUCCAAGCCAUGUAAUGACGGCACAGAGUGUGUUUUAUACAGCCACCUGUGCGAUGGGGACAAGGACUGUAGGGAUGGAUCUGAUGAACAGGGAUGUGAUGCCACAGAACAGACCACCACUCCAACAAAACCAAAUAUUGAUGCAUCAAUCAAAAUGCUACCUGCUCCAACUGUUCCGGCCUGCAGCAGCCCCUCUGUGCUCUGUCCCCGUUCUUCUGCUCACCUCUGCAUUUCUCCGAGCCAGUUUUGCAACGGGCGUAAUGACUGUCCCGAUGGCUUUGAUGAGCAGAAUUGUGUGAAAAUGGAUGAAUGGAUCUGUCCCUUGAAAAGUGACUUCCGCUGCAAGGACCAACGGAGCUGCGUCUCCAGCAGUCUGCUUUGUGACGGCCGCUCUCACUGCCUCGAUGGCUCAGAUGAGGUCGGCUGUCUGAGCGCAACUCCCCCGCAGCUCAGGGAAACGUCUUGAAGUGCCGCAUGGGCUCCAG